GCUCAGGCUCCCGAGCCAAACCUCGCGGGCGGCGGGAGAGCCGGGCUUCCCAAGGGGGCUGACUCCUCCCGCUGGGCUGGAUAGCAUGGAGCCCGACCCAGCUCCAUCGAGUCCAUCUCACCUCCAGUCACAACAUGGGCGGUCCCAGCUCAAUGCAGCUGCUUCUUCAGAGCCAAGAGAAGAGGUUAAAGAUCAGAGGCGUGGGCCUCAAUCAGGAGAUGGCCCAUCCUCGUCACCCCCGGCUGCCCCAGCUGCUCCAGCUCCUAGGCAUCCCGCUAGCCAGGAGGGAGUAGAGAAAAAUGAGAUUAUGAAAGAAGAAAUAGAAAUAUCCUUUGAAGACAUCCUGGAAAAGGCCAAGGCAGGAGAUCCAAAGGCACAGACAGAGGUGGGGAAACACUACCUGAAAUUAGCAGAUGAUGCAGAUGAAGAGCUCAACGACUGCAGUGCUGUGGACUGGCUAAUUCUUGCUGCAAAGCAAGGCCGGCGAGAAGCUGUCAAGCUGCUGCGUCGGUGCCUGGCGGACAGAAGAGGCGUCACUUCGGAAAAUGAGCAGGAAGUGAAAAAAUUGUCCUCCGAAACCGAUUUAGAGAGGGCUGUGCGAAAAGCUGCCUUAGUCAUGUAUUGGAAACUCAACCCAAAGAAGAAAAAACAGGUGGCAGUUUCGGAGCUUCUAGAAAAUGUUGGCCAAGUCAACGAACAAGAUGGUGGAAAGCAGCCCGGCCCCAUUCCAAAAUCAAUCCAGAAACAGCGAAGAGUGCUGGAGCGGUUAGUCAGCAGCGAAUCUAAGAACUACGUCGCCCUGGAUGACUUUGUUGAAAUAACCAAGAAGUAUGCCAAGGGAAUCAUCCCCAGCAGCCUUUUUCUGCAGGACGAUGAUGAUGAUGAGCUGGCAGGAAAGAGCCCAGAAGACCUCCCCUUGCGCCUGAAGGUUGUGAAAUACCCACUUCAUGCCAUCAUGGAAAUCAAAGAGUACCUGAUCGACAUGGCUUCCAAAGCAGGCAUGCAUUGGCUCUCCAGCAUAAUCCCAACCCAUCACAUCAAUGCCCUCAUCUUUUUCUUCAUCAUUAGCAACCUGACAAUUGACUUUUUUGCAUUCUUCAUCCCAUUAGUCAUCUUCUACCUGUCUUUCAUUUCCAUGGUGAUCUGCACCUUGAAGGUUUUUCAAGAUAGUAAGGCCUGGGAAAACUUUCGGACCCUCACUGACUUACUGCUGCGCUUUGAGCCCAAUUUGGAUGUCGAGCAAGCCGAGGUUAACUUUGGCUGGAACCACUUAGAGCCCUAUAUCCACUUCCUGUUGUCUGUGUUCUUUGUCAUUUUCUCUUUCCCCAUAGCCAGCAAAGAGUGGAUCCCUUGCUCAGAGCUGGCCGUCAUCUCCAUUUUCUUCACGGUGACAAGUUACAUGAGUUUGAGUACUUCAGCCGAGCCUUAUACCAGAAGAGCAUUGGUGGUUGAAGUCACUGCUGGACUGCUCUCCGUAUUGAGGACUUUUCCUGUCGAUUGGUACUAUCUGAAAUUCCUUGGUCAAACAUUUUUCACUGUGCCCAUAGGCCACUUUAUCAUACUGAAUGUGAGUGUCCCAUGUUUCCUAUUUAUGUACCUCUUUUACCUCUUCUUUAGGAUGGCACAGCUGAGGAAUUUCAAAGGCACUUACUGCUACUUGGUCCCUUACUUGGUGUGUUUCAUGUGGUGUGAACUCUCUGUUGUCAUUCUGCUUGAGUCCUCUGGUCUUGGUCUUAUCCGAGCAUCAGUUGGCUAUUUUCUCUUCCUCUUUGCCCUCCCAAUUCUAGUAGUUGGCAUUGCCUUGAUGUGCAUUGUCCAGUUUUCUAGAUGGUUUGUCUCCUUGGAGCUCACCAAAAUCAUGGUCACCCUGGUUCUGUGCAGCAUACCCCUGCUCUUACGCUGGUGGACAAAAGCCAGCUUCUCUGUGGUUGAGAUGGUGAAGUCCUUAACCAAGAGCUCCAUUGUCAAGCUUAUCCUUGUGUGGAUCACAGCCAUUGUGCUCUUCUGUUGGUUCUAUGUCUACCGAUCAGAAGGAAUGAAAGUCUACAACUCCACUCUGACCUGGCAACAGUAUGGCUUCCUGUGUGGACCCCGGGCCUGGAAGGAAACCAACAUGGCACGCACACAGAUUUUGUGCAGCCACCUGGAAGGACACAGGGUCACGUGGACAGGACGGUUCAAAUACGUCAGGGUUACCGAUAUUGAUAACAGUGCUGAGUCUGCAAUAAACAUGCUCCCAUUCUUCAUUGGAGACUGGAUGAGGUGCUUAUACGGCGAGGCCUACCCCAACUGCCUCCCUGGAAACAUUAGCACCGCGGAAGAAGAGCUCUGUCGGCUCAAAUAUCUUGCCAAACAUGAAUGCCACAUUAAAAAGUUUGAUAGGUACAAAUUUGAAAUAACGGUGGGCAUGCCUUACAGCAACACUGGAAACAAGACCAUUGAAGAAGAUGAUAUUACCAAAGAUAUCGUACUGAGGGCCAGCAGCGAGUUCAGAAACAUCUUGCUGAAUCUGAGACAGGGCAGCGUUAUUGAAUUUAGCACAAUUCUCGAAGGUCGACUUGGCAGCAAGUGGCCAGUCUUUGAACUGAAGGCAAUCAGCUGUCUCAACUGCAUGGCCCAACUUACCCCCGCUAGGCGACACGUGAAGAUCGAGCGUGACUGGAGAAGCGCCGUACAUGGCGCCGUUAAGUUUGCAUUUGACUUUUUCUUCUCUCCCUUCUUAUCAGCAGCUUGAUCGGGGUCGCAGCCUAUCCAAUGGGUAGUGCCAUUCAGUAUACCUAGAUUACACUGUUCCUAUUAUUCUAAGCUUGACUUCUUCACCAGGCUGGCUGUAACAUUUCAUUUAGAACUGUGUGUUAAUUCAGCGUGUUGAUUCUGUACCACUGGCAUUUCCUAAUGAACUUGGUGAAAAAAAAACUAUUUAACUUUUUCUGUUUAUGAAUGCAGACUAUCAUUGGAAAUUGCAUGCACACAGGCUUAUCUAAAGCCCAAAAGUUGCUGUGGUCAUUGGAAUAAAAAAAAAAAAAAUGCUUGAUAUUAAAAGCACUUUAUAGGCGAUACCCCUCCCCUGUUAUAUACCUUUGGAUUUAUUGUUGUUGUUAUUGUUUAAAAAUAUGAACCGAAAAUAUCUGGUGUGCAAGUAAAGUUAUAUUAAUUUGUAUUUAUUCAGUUGUCAAUACUAGUUUUAACUGUAUUCUGAGUGUGGUGACAUAUAGAACUAACUGAGCUCGGGUGGGUUUUGAAUUGAUCUCUGAGUUUAUUUCACACGCCAGAUUUCAGUGUACGUACAGCGUAUUGCCUUGAAUGGUUUCAAAAUCCUGUAUAAAAUGACUACCGUGUAUGGGAAUGUGCCAAGUCUAAUCUAUAUUGAUUUGUGAAAUACAGCUCAGCGCUGGGCGCUCUGCCCCAAGUAUUCACAAAAGUUUGGUGAUCUUUAAUGCUGUACAGCAGAAAAAUCAGGGGACAGAAGAGGCUGAAAUAAAACAUUUGUGGUCAUAUCCUU